GUACAUAAUUGGCAUAUAUCCGGGCAUAACGUUUACUUCUAGUAAAAUCCUGCAUAUAUAAUAUAAUCCAAUAUAAUGAUGAAUCUCUACAACCUGCGCAUUUCAUCCGUGUUUAUUUAUCUGCCCCUUCUCGACGUAGAGUUGCCGUCUUGAUCUGGCCAAUUGUAAACCUCUUGAAGUGUCACGUGAUCUUAAGUUCAACGCCAGUCGACCAUCUUUUCAAACUUUUUUUUCCCCACUCCUGCUUUUCAUUAACAAUCACUUCCUCCAGUCGCUUAAAGGACACAGGAGCCCAGUCCAUAUUUUCUUAUUGUUCCCCCUCAUUUGACUGGUUUCCAGACUUCAAAAAUGCGUGAGUGUAUCUCUGUACACGUCGGUCAGGCCGGUGUCCAGAUUGGCAAUGCCUGCUGGGAACUCUACUGCCUGGAACAUGGCAUCCAGCCAGAUGGUCAGAUGCCCAGUGAUAAGACAGUGGGAGGUGGUGAUGACUCCUUCAACACGUUCUUCAGUGAGACCGGAGCUGGGAAGCACGUGCCCAGAGCUGUUUUUGUGGACUUGGAGCCCACUGUCAUUGAUGAGGUUCGCUCUGGAACAUACCGUCAGCUGUUCCACCCUGAGCAGCUGAUCACUGGAAAGGAGGACGCUGCCAACAACUACGCCCGUGGACACUACACUGUGGGCAAAGAGCUCAUUGAUCCAGUGCUGGAAAGAAUCCGCAAACUGUCUGACCAGUGCACAGGUCUCCAGGGUUUCUUGGUGUUCCGCAGCUUCGGUGGCGGCACUGGCUCUGGUUUCACCUCCUUGCUGAUGGAGCGUCUGUCAGUGGACUACGGCAAGAAGUCAAAGCUGGAGUUCUCCAUCUACCCAGCUCCCCAGGUGUCCACAGCUGUGGUGGAGCCCUACAACUCCAUCCUAACCACCCACACCACCUUGGAGCACUCGGACUGUGCCUUCAUGGUGGACAAUGAGGCCAUCUACGAUAUCUGCCGUAGAAACCUGGAUAUCGAACGUCCUUCUUACACCAACCUCAACAGGCUGAUCAGUCAGAUCGUGUCCUCCAUCACUGCUUCCCUUCGUUUUGACGGGGCCCUCAAUGUUGAUCUGACAGAGUUCCAGACCAACUUGGUGCCCUACCCUCGCAUCCACUUCCCUCUGGCCACCUAUGCCCCAGUCAUCUCCGCUGAGAAGGCCUACCACGAGCAGCUGUCAGUGGCUGAAAUCACCAAUGCCUGUUUCGAGCCGGCGAACCAGCUGGUGAAAUGCGACCCUCGUCACGGCAAGUACAUGGCCUGCUGCCUGCUCUUCCGUGGUGACGUGGUGCCCAAAGAUGUAAAUGCCGCCAUUGCCACCAUCAAGGCCAAGCGCAGCAUCCAGUUUGUGGACUGGUGUCCCACUGGUUUCAAGGUGGGUAUCAACUACCAGCCCCCCACUGUGGUUCCUGGUGGAGACCUGGCCAAGGUCCAGAGGGCUGUGUGCAUGCUGAGCAACACCACUGCUAUUGCAGAGGCCUGGGCUCGACUUGACCACAAGUUUGACCUGAUGUACGCAAAGCGCGCCUUCGUCCACUGGUACGUUGGUGAGGGAAUGGAGGAGGGCGAGUUUUCCGAGGCCAGGGAAGACAUGGCCGCACUGGAGAAGGAUUAUGAAGAGGUGGGAGCAGAGAGUCUGGGAGAAGAUGAUGAGGAUGAAGGAGAUGAGUAUUGAUCAUGAUUUGUUUUUCUAAGCAAAUAAAGCAAGCACAAUUCAUUACCACCUUGGUAUUCACUGUCACCACCCGACUGUCACACAUUUGACUUUUUUGUUCCAGCUGACUUCAGAAUUGAGUGGCUUCAUUUAGUUUCUCUUUAGAAUGUCACUUGGUCACAGAACUAUCCAUUCCAAAACUAUCACAACAUGUAGUUUGUGACAAACACGUUUUGCAUCUGUAGUUUUUUUCCUGUGUGAAGUGUACUUUUGUCAUCCAUACUUUGUUCUCCUUUCGAGUCCAGUCUUGCUGCUGGAUUUGUCACAGUUGAAAAUUUAUUCUCAUGAAAGUGAUGUCCGAUGUUUUGUCUUUAUCUUAAUAGACUUUGUUGGAAAUACACCUCCCAUAUAUCUCCGUGCAUCAGUUUACUCGUGAGAAUGAAUACCAAGAAUCCAACAAGUUAUAUCCAAGAAAUUUAUUCCCUAACAGAGGAGUCUUAUACCUAAUGGACAUGUUGAGGUUCUGAAACACUGUACUCGAUCCAUCCCUGUCCUCACACCUUUCAUUUAUAAUGGAGAAUUUACCAUAGCAAAACAUCGCUUUGCCUCCAUUCCUUUAAUAAUAUAAAUACAUUAAGUAGUUUUUGAGGUCUUCAUUUGCUCCUCAAAAUAAAAGUCACGUAAAACCAGGAAGACUUGCAGGCUGGCCAUCUAAACCAUCUGUUGGAUGUUUCUGGUGGAGUUCUCCCAGGUGUGGUUCCGCCUGGUGAAGUAGUUGGUGUCAGAAAUGGCCUGCAUUUGUGUCAAUGUCAGAAAAUCUGAGAGACGGCAAAAGGUAUGUAAUUGCAAAAGAAGCUGGCUGUUGAAGUGCUGUAUCAAAUCACACUAAUCGAGAAACGGAGCACCAUUAACCCAGAUAUCAGCUGCUCUGAGACAAUUGUAAGGAAAGUUCAUUCAUAGGCUGGAAUUGGCGCAUCAAGAGCUGCCACUCGUGAACGAAGCCACUGCUGAACUGAAGCCAGAAAUGUCUGAAGUAUGUGAGGGGUUGAAAAGGUCUGCACUGUCGAUCUGUGGAACAGACAAUGGCUUCUUUACAGGAUGAACUUCCAUUUAGAAAGCAAGGAGUGUGAUUCUGAGCAUGAUUCUUAGAGUUAAAGCUCAGUACAAAAAAAGAUUUACACAUAGUAAUCUGGUUUUAAUCAAUACUGUUCACUGCAGAUACGGACUAUAUCGCCCUGUCAUGUAUCAGUUCCAUAGCUUUAUUUGCAAGUCAUAUUGAACUUUGGAAAAUCUUCUGGCUUUUCCGAUGCUACAGCAAAUGAAACCUAUCUGGUUAAGUUUUUUUUUUUUAAAUCUGAAACACGUGUUGCCUACACGCUCACAUCGAGUUGAGAAAAGCUCCCCCCCCCUCCAUCAAUAUGAUUGGUUAAUGCCUUUUCCAGAAGGCUUUAAUAUCCACCCAAUCCUCACGUGUCCCAGAUGAGUUAUUGAGGAAAAGUAGGCGGAGGGAAUAGACUUGUUGGAAAUAGGUGAGUCAGUGCCGCAGGUGUGCGGCGUUGAAUUUCUCUCAUCUAUAUGUGAGCCAGCUGGAACUCAGAGUUCAUGUGCAUUAGGUGUUAACAUGGCGCGUCUCUGGUCUCUCCAUGCUCUCCCUCUUGGGGAAUGCUCUCUAUCUCCUUAUCUAGUUUGUUCCAGAACUCCUCUUCAUCGUCCUGCUGCAUGGCAUCCUACCUGUCUGAUGUAAGCACUGACUAUGUUCAUUGCAGCCAGUUCCACCUCUGUCUUCAAGCGCAUGAUCCUGACUGACUCACUCUUUCCUUCCCUAGCAUUGUUCACUCUUCCUGUAAAACUCUAACCAUGUCAUGGUGAACUAUCUCGAGUCCCUCUCUAUUAUUCUAUUUGGUUUUCUGCUCGCAAUCCUCGCUCCUUCACUUUCAUCACCUAUUCUUCUCUUCCUGUUCUUCCUUCCGUCUUCCUACUAACUUUUCUUCUUCCUCUUUUCUUCUAUGUUUGUCUUUAACCCAGGCUCGCCGACAUCUCAGCUCACAGAAUCGCAGAGAAAUGCAAACCUCCUCAACAUGAUAAGGUGACUGGGAAUGAAGGGGCUUUUAGUAGUGCCAUUGAAAACAAAACUGCAGUAUAUGAUGUUGCAUCGUCAGCCAAUUGGUUUUGCUCGUUGGUGAUGUCGGUCUGUGCAGAUAAAUGAAUGAGGUGAUAAGAGGAGACAAGUUUGUGAAGGCAGCUGCUUUUUUUUAUUUUGCUAACUCAUGGAAAAAAGCAUGACCUUAACAGGAAUCACAGUGGUAGAAGACUGGGCUUGAGCUUCAUUUAUUUAGCAUUUUGUGUUGUUUCAAAGUGAGAAAAAUGUGUAAUAAAAUUCUCGUGCUGAAUAUGCAGAAUAAGAUUUGAUUCAAAAACAACAAAAAGAAUUAAAACAACUUGUGUCACUCAUUAAUUACAGGUUAAAAGGUUUGAAAAAAUAGACACUACUUCGCUUUACUGGGCGACUUGAUGAGUGCAUACUCAGCAUUUAUCAUCCCCAUGCUCUCUCCUAGCAGAUACAAGCCAUAAAUGGAAGCAAGAAUAAGGACCGUGUUUGUUGCUACAAGACAGAUGCAACAGAUCAUGAGGAAGCUACCAAGGGUCGUGUCUGAGGGCAGAAACCACACGUACGUCCACCCGCUGUGCUGGAUGUGAUGAACAAAUUCAGGGCCAUCCUCCAGUACCAGUGUGUCAGUGAAUGGUGGUGAUGAGCCGUCAUUACAUAACUGAGUCGCUAUGGUUUGGGUGAAGGAGGGCUGCGAUGUCAGGUUCAAGGUGGGAA